AUGUCCAGCCACGACGAGUAUUCUUCAGACGAAGAAGACGUUUUUGACGACAAAUCCAACGUUUAUUUGGGUUUCACCGAUGUCGCUUUCGCAGAGGAGGAUGAAGCACCUACGAUAGAAGAUACGUUUAUUGGUGGCCAACCCAUCUGGCUUCAUCCGCAAUCUGAACCACCAGCGAAAAUGCUUCAAUGCGACAACUGCCAACAAAACAUGGCAUUGUUAUUACAAGCGUUUGCCCCGAUUGAAAGCAAGCCAUAUGAUAGAGUAAUUUAUAUCUUUGCGUGCAAGAACACUCAGCACUGCUCGAGACAAAAGGGAUCGGUGAAAGCUAUUCGGGCAGUGAACAAAGACCCGCAACGGAUGGCGGAGAUUGAGCACGAGCAGGAGGAGGAGACGCAGCGGUUAUUGAGCGAGAAAUUGCAGCUUGAAGAGAAGAAGAAAUUGCAGAUUGAAAUGACUAAGGACUUGUUCGAUGCGACAAAGCCUACGAAAAAAGAUGAGAACCCGUUUGGGUCUGCAAACCCAUUUGGUUCUGGAAAUCCAUUUGGAUCUGCAACUCCAUUUGAGUCAAGUAAGGAAUCGAAUCCAUUUGCGACAAACAAGAAUGCUACGGAGAAACAGCCCGAGCGCAUCGAAGAGCCAACAACUAAAGUGCCCACAUAUGCUGAAGCGUCCAAGAUUAAUGUACCCACGGUUGCUACUGAAGUCAAAAAUUCUACGAAAUUGCCAGAGUACCCUGGAUUUUUUGUUUUCACCGAGCAAGAGAAGUUCAAAAAGACGACGGAGCCCGAGUUGGAGAAGUACAAGCACUUGAUAGAAAGCGCAGAGAGUGACGAGCCACGCGAAAGAAGCAUGUCCAGCGGCAGCGUCAAUGCUCAACAUAGCCAGAUCGCCAGCAUGCUUAACGACAAGCACUUUGAAAACUUCUCUAGCGUGGUAGGCCACAACCCAUCGCAAGUUCUUCGGUACGAUUUGGGAGGGAAACCUCUUCUUUACAACGGAAAAGACGAUGUGGCCAAGGCAUUUUCUACGGGUGGAAUCCCAGAUCCGGCGUACAACCCGUCUUCGCGCCGGCAAUUUGAGCUUCAGCUCAUGCCGAAGGCCAUCAUGGACCUUGAGCAACUGGCGCAAACAUCGGUUGCUGAUAUUUUGAACGGCAUGGCAUGGGGCACUAUCGUGGUGGCAACUGAUGUGGAGGACUACAUGCCCAAAUUGGAUGAGCAUCACGUUGGCUACGUCCAGGAGUAUUGUGGAGUCCAAUGGGAGGAGAGUGUUUAG